AGUUUUUCUGCAACAAUUUUUUUAUAAAUUUUUCGGAGAAUUUCUUGGAUAAUUUGUAUUAUUUGUAGUGUUUUCUACAUUCCUGAAAGUGAAUAACAUGUGUAGAAUAGUUAAGGCAUAAAGUGAAUUAAAUAAGCAAGUGAUUAAUUACUAUUGUGUGCAGAGUAUUGACGGUGAUAAAAUGUCUUCGGAGAUCCUGUUCGUCAUCGAGGGCACCGCAAUCAACGGGGCCUACAUGAACGACAUGAGGAGCAACUACAUAAUUCCGACGCUGGAGUACUUUUCCCAGAGUACGGUCGGGGAUGAUAGGGGUGGCGAUAGCUAUGGGACGGACAAGAAUGGCAACCAGUACGGGAUUGUGGUGUACAAGACGGCUCAGAGUUUGCCCGGGGUUUGCUGUACCACUUUCGGACCGUACAACAGCGCUCACAAGAUGCUGGGUGCGCUGGAGAAGUUGGAACUGAGUGGUGGUAAGAGUGAAUCAAAUGCCAACCUGGCGGAGGGUCUGGCCACGGCGUUGGUAUGCUUUGAUGAUUUCGACGAACUGCGGGAGAAUGGAAUGAAGGUGCACAAGUACUGCAUUCUGAUUGCGGCUAGUUCGCCGUACUCGAUGUACGUGACGGAGUGCUAUGCUUACGAGAAUAAGAACGUCGAGCAGCUGGUGGGGUUGUUCCUGGAGAAGAAUAUCAAUUUAUCGAUCAUUUCACCAAGGAAGAUUCCGGUGCUAUUUAAGUUGUUUGAGAAGUCGGGAGGGGAUUUGAGUUCGUGCAGUACGAAGAACUACUGCAAAGAUCCGCGGCAUUUGGUGCUGCUGAAGGGGUUUAGUUUGAAGGAACGUCCGGUGAGUCCUCCGGCGAACCAGAUCAGUCACAAUCAGGCGGGAAGUAUGCCGAGCCCGAAUCCGAAUCAGCAGCAACCGGUUGGCCAGCAGAACGUGAUGGAUAAUGUGAAUAUGAAUGCAAUGGGGAACAAUCCGGCUAUGCGUGGUCCAAUGGUAAAUCAGCAGGUUGGAAUGCAGCAGCAGCAGCAGUUACAGCAACAACAGCAACAGCAGCAGCAGCAACAACAGCAACAGCAGCAGCAGCCGUGUAGGAUGAACUUCCCGCAGGGCCACAUGAACAACCAAAUGUUUCCCAAUCAGAUGGCAACCCAGCAACAACAGGGUGUUGGUGGGUUGACCUACCAGCAACAAUUGCAACAACAACAACAACAGCAACAACAGCAGCAGCAGCAGCAACAGCAGAUGCGAUGGAUGGCUCCACCUCAGGCUCAGGCUCAGGCUCGCAAUUUCAUGCAACCUGGCGCUGGAAUGAACGGAAACCAGGGUCGACCACAGCAACAGCAACAACAACAACAACAACCAAAUCAAAUGAUCGGAAACAAUCCUCAGACAAAUUCGGUGCUAAUCUCACAGCUUACGACUCCACCGCAUACGAUGAGCGCCCAGCAGAUGAACCAGGCCAACAAUCCUCAAAUGCGCAUGCCGUUCGUCAACAAUUGUCUCCAACCGCAGCAGCAACAACCUGGCCAGCCGAUGCCUCAGCAAAGCAUGCUACAGCAGCAAAUGAUGGCCCAACAGCAGCAGAAUAUGCAAAACAUGCAAAACCAGAUGGGAGUUCCCGGGAAUCAAAUGGGUGGACCAAUGGGAGGUCAAAUGAUGGGAGCCAAUCAGCAGCAACAGUUGCAACAACAACAACAACAACAACAACAACAACAGCAGCAGCAGCAGCAACAACAACAACAGCAAGGUGGAAUGCCGAAUCAACAACAGAUGAGUAUGACACAGCAACAACAACAACAACAACAACAACAACAACAACAGCAGCAGCAGCAGCAACAACAACAACAAAUGGGUCAGCCAGGGCAGCAGCAAAUGGGUCAGCAACAGCAGACCACCAAUCAGCUGCCUCGGGAGCGUAUCUGGUCCGGAAUAUUGGAAUGGAUCGAGAAGCCGAACAAGAACGACUCGACCAAAGUGACCCGACAGGUGCCCUGCUCGGUGACGGCCAACAUUCGCGACGGGGAACCGGAAAUCAAAGCGGAUAACUGGCCUCCUCGGUUGAUCAUGCAGUUGAUGCCGAAAGCUCUGGUCGGAAGCGCCGGAGGGCAGUACAUAAAGGAAUCGAAAACCGUGGUCUUUAUACCGCAACCGUGCGAAGCGCUAGAUGCCCUUUCCAAAGUGAUGGGCUCUGGAUUCGCUGGUUGUGUCCACUUCACCACAUCGCCCAUCUGCGACAUUAAGGUACUUAUCCUUCUGUACACCGCCGAGAAGAAGGCAUACCUGGGAUUCAUCCCGAACAAUCAGCUUGCCUUCGUUGACCGGCUGAAGAAGGUGAUCAUGCAGAACAAGAACAUGCAAGCCGCCAAUCAACAAACCGGUCAAAGUUCCAGCAUGGGCAUGCAAGGACCUCAGGGUGGAAUGACCGCUCAGCAACAGCAACAGCAAGUUCAACAACAGCAACAACAACAACAAGUUCAGCAACAGCAACAGCAGCAAGCUAAUCAACAAAUGAUGGGAGGUCCAAUGGGACCCGGUCCCGGUCAAAUGGUACCCGUCCCCGGGCAGAUGGUUCCGAGUGGAAUGCAGCAGGGGCCCCGCAUGGGCGGAAUGGUCAAUAUGCAACAGGAUCAAUUCAACUACGCCAACAUGGGCAACCAGCAGAUGCAGGACCCGAGUAUGCAGAUGACCCAGGAACAACAGUAUAAAAUGUUGCUUCAGCAACAACAACAGCAACAACAACAACAGCAGCAGCAGCAACAGCAACAGCAACAGCAACAACAACAACAACAACAGCAGCAGCAACAGCAACAGCAGAGAGGCAUGGGAGGACCCAUGGGAAAUAUGGGCAUGAACGUCGCAAUGCAGAACCAGCGGAUGAUGCGACCGGUGCUUUCGAACAAUCCGGGAUUGCGCCAUCUGCUGCAACAGCAGCCGAAUCCUCAGUUCCGACAGCAGAUGGCCAUGGGGAAUCCCGGUGGCCUGGGGCAGAUGGGUGGACAGCGACCAAACUUGCAACCGAACCCGAACCAGGCACCUUUCGAUGAUGCAAACUUUGAUUUUAUGUAAUCUUCAUGUACGACGAUUGGUAAGUAGUUUCACUUCUCACAACCGCCGAAUCAUGGACGUUCCUAUUCGCGGGGAUUCGAAAUUAGAGUG